AUGGCUCCGAACGACAAAGCCGGGCGCGUCGUGUUCAUCGGCAACAUCCCCUAUGGCGGCACCGAAGAGCUCAUCAUCGAGACACUCGGCCGUGUCGGCCAGGUUCUGAACUUCCGGCUGGUCUACGACAAGGAAACUGGCCGACCCAAGGGCUUUGGAUUUGCAGAGUUCGCCGACGCCGAUGCAGCAGCGUCGGCUGUACGCAACCUGAACGACUAUGAGAUCAUGGGCAGGAAAUUGAGGGUUGACUGGUCAAACGACAACGGCUCCGGCGACAACGCGCCUUCGAACCAGAGCGCGCCGCCGCCGAUGAACGGACAAGCACCGGAAGUUGCGCAGGCCCAGCCUUCGAGCACGCUCGGCCCCCUCCCGCCUGGCGUCGAUCUGCCACCGAACCUGACCUGCCCCGACGCCAUUUCGCGCACACUGUCUACACUUCCUGCGCCGCAGCUGCUCGACAUCCUCUCACAGAUGAAGGGUCUCGUCAUGACAGAUCCAGCCAAGGCUACAGAACUGCUGCGCCAGGCGCCUCAGCUUGCCUACGCCAUCUUCCAGUCCCUUCUGCUCCUGAACCUCGUUGAUCCUUCGAUGUUGGGUGCACUGGUGGAGACAGCCCCUGCUGCAGCCGCGCCGCCAGUGCACGCUCUACCGCAACCGCAACCGCAACCGCAACCGCAACCGACACCACUUGCACGGCCGCCUACCAGCUAUGCCAUGCCUCCCGGCUACCCACCGCAAGCUGCUCCUACACCGCCGCAGCCUCAGCCAUACGCGCAGCCCCCACCGCAAGCACAAGCGCAGGCGAUGAACAACGAUGCUCUGUACGCGCAGGUCAUGGCUCUGCAGCCCGAGCACAUCGCGCAGCUGCCGCCUGAUCAGCGCAAUCAGAUUAUGCAGAUUCGCCAGAUGCUCAUGGCUGGACAACGACCGUGA